AUGGACCCUGAGUUCAGCCUCCAAGAUGUGGUACGGUGCCAUCUCUGCGAGAUAUCGGUACCCCUUUCGCACUGUGUCAUUUGUAACAUACAUCUAUGUAAAGCCUGUGAGAGGGAUCAUCUCUCUAAUACACCUAAAGAACACAUAGUGGUGCCAUUCAUUUACCGGAAGGAUAUUCCUAAAUGUCAAAACCAUUCAACAAACUUUUGCGAAAGUUACUGUGAAUACUGCUACUUUCCUAUCUGUACGCUCUGCGUUUCCUCUAAAGGACAAAACCAUCAUAAUGUAGUAGAGUUUUCGGAAAGUAUAGAAACAAAAAAACGUGUAUUGCAGAAAGAUUUACAAGAUUUGGAAAAAUCUAUUUUGCCUAAAUAUCAAGAGAUUAUCUCUAACAUAAAAGCUCAGAAAGCUUAUCUGAAUGAAAACUCCCAAAACUUAAGAACAACAAUCAAUAAAUAUGGAGAAGAGUUGCACAGAGACAUAGACACUGUUAUGAAAUGUCUAAAAUCUGACCUUAGCGAAAUAGGCUCCAAACACCUGGCAGUCCUAAAAAAACAAAAAAAUGAAAUAGAACGCACCGUUUCUGAAAUCACAGACAGCAUUGCCAACCUGAAGAAAUCAUUGUACUCCAAUGACAUCAGUCUUGUCUCUGCCUACGAAUCCAGGAAUACUGAAUUCAGAAGAUUGCCGCCUAAACUCACGGUUUUCUUUCCAAGUUCUACCCCUCUUAUAAUGAGCACAAAUCUGGACCAGUUUUUUCAACAUUUUGCUUCUCUGUCAGCGUCAUCUAUCAAAACAGAAGAACAUGGUUACACAAUUAAUGCCGGAUGCACCAAGUUGUCUCUACAACAAAAGACGUUAACUAACAAACCGAUAGUGGUGACAGAUAUAAACACUGUAUAUGGACGUUCUAAGAGAAUUUGGAGCGUGCACUGCCAGACCAAUGACGAAAUAUGGACAUGUGGUGCAGAUAAUAUGAUAAGACUCUUCAAUCUUCAAGGGAAACAAGUAAAGUCAAUCAGGGUUAUGUCUGGUAACUGCCCAGAGGACAUAGCAGUGACGAUGAGUGGGGAUUUAGCCUAUGCAGAUUUUUAUGAUAGAUCUGUGAGCAUCGUGAAAGAUACACAGAUACAAACAGUAAUCAGAAUACAGGAAUGGAAACCUCGAAAUUUCUGUUGUACUGCCUCUGAUUUCUUCUUAAUUGUCAUGGAGAAUUAUGAUGAGAAACAAACAAAAGUUGUGCGUUACUAUGGCUCAACAGAGAUACAAACUAAUGGAGCCCGAGCAGUAGUGGUGGUUAAUCAGGCUGGAAAACUCCGAUUUACCUACAAGAUUCCUCUCUCAUUUACCAAACCAGCUUUCGAACCAGCCGGAAUCACAACAGACAGCCAGAGUAGGAUCCUGAUUGCAGACUGCUUCAACAACUGUAUCCACAUCCUGGACCAGGACGGACAGUUCCUUCGAUACAUUGACAACUGUGAUUUACAGAGGCCAUUGAGUUUAUGUGUGAACACAAAAGACAACCUCUUUGUGACCGAGUUCAAGACAGGUAUAAUAAAGAAAAUUCAGUAUUAUGAGUAAAUAAAAUAUGCCUGUUUAUAUACACAGGAUUGUAUAUAAUCUUUAUAUCAUUACCAAAAUGAGAUCAUGAAACUUAUCCUUAACACGAUUUGUGACGUGUAAACAAACUGU